GGAAGUGGUGUGCUCGAGUUAGUUCCAAAAGUGGAAUGAGCGAGUUAAGUGGUGCGAGGUAUCGGUUGCCAAUGGAGCUUUUUCCGCCAACUCCGGCAGGACUCGAUGCUAUUUAUUCCCUAUGUCGAAAAAUUUAUCCAGAUCAGGUGAACCCUCUCCAAGUAACCGCACUGGUGAAGUAUUGGCUUGGUGGACCUGAUCCUCUGGAUUAUAUAAGCAUGUAUUCUAAUCCUGGUGUCCCAGAAAAGAAUAUCCCUCCACAUUGGCAUUAUAUCAGCUUUGGCCUGUCAGAUCUUCAUGGUGAUGGCAGAGUGCACGAUAUUACUGGUCCUGAAUCGCCUAGUGGUUUUGGUUUUGAGUUGACAUUCCGAUUGAAGCGUGAACCAGGUGAAACAGCACCACCAACUUGGCCAGCAACAGUAAUGCAGUCACUUGCAAAAUACGUGUUCCAGUCAGAUAAUGUUCUUUGUGCUGGUGACCAUGUUUCCUGGCACUGUGCACUUGAUGGAAGUGAAUCACGUAUACAGCAUAUGCUGAUGACACAGGAUCCUCAGUUGGGUUCCAUACGCACUCCCUAUGGAUCUGUUAACUUCGUGCAGAUUGUUGGUGUAACAGCUGAAGAAUUGCAGGCAGCACAACAGUGGAAUGGGCCUGGAGUUCUUGACAUACUGAAGAGGUUACCAGGGGCUGGCAGCCAAUGGCUAGUGACUGACAUGCGUCGGGGGGAAAGCAUGCAGGAAAUAGACUUGGCAGCCCAGGAGGAAGUAGAUCAAGGUGUUGAGAAAGAUGGCUCCAAUCUAAGUGGCGUAAGUGCUCGGUGUUCCUGGACAGAUGUAAACAUGCAGAACCUGAUCCAUCACAUUGUUGGAAAUUGUAAUGAGGAAACUGAAGAGCUUCUACCAGAGGAUGGUGUUAAUCGAAAUGAAUGUUCAAGAGGACAAGGCUGUGUUGACCGCCCCUCGAUUUCUGAAAAAGAUUCUCAGCUCAUCAAAGCAGCAUUGAGAAAAGGGUUACUGAGCACAAAAAUUGGAAAAUCAUUGGACUUGGAUGAUAAUGACAAUGUUUGCAAGAAGGAACUAACAGGCACUACAUCAAAUGGUGAUGCAGAUAUUCUCGAGUCAACAGAACUUCUACGCACCAGAAAACUGGAGGGCUUACAUCUUACAUUCAACCUAGAAGCAGGAGAAUUAUUGCCAUUAGCUAUCAGGGGACGUGUAAAACAUGGUAGACAUUUCACAUUCAAAUCGAUGAUGGGGGAUACAGCUAUAACUUUCGUAGCUCCGACAGUAACUGGAACGUUGGUCGAUGAUGAUAACCCUUAUGUAGCUCAUGGUCCGUGGUUACAGGUUCUCAUUCCAGAUGAACUGGCUGAUGAGAUGUCGGAGAGCUUUGAAAUAUUUAGUAAUCGUGGAAUGUUGGAACUACCGAAAACAUUUCUUUGGUCUCACCAUAACCUUGCCAUCACAAUAGUCGAGGACAAGCCACACAUAUGAAGAAUAAGAUCUGUGAAAAUCUCAGAUUUUUUUAUACAUUUCUAUGUGUACGUAUAUAUGUAUUUUGGCUGCCUAAUUAUGCUGUUGUUAAUAUGAUUACUGGCUUAGUGUGUGAAAGAAAAGGUAGUGUCUUGUACUUUCAGCUCAUUUAGGCAGCUUCCGUCCCAUUAAGAGAACUCAGUUGUCAUGUCACGUCAUGUCCUCUUAAUAAUUUACAUAAACAAAGACCAUGAGGUAAUGUUAAUAUUUAAAAAGUGAAUGUCAAUGACUGGGUAAUUUAUAAGAACGUGGAAGUUACAAAAUUUAAAAUGCCUGCUAGGUCAAAUGCAUCUGUCUGACUCAAGUUUUAGGGGACCAUAAAUACAAAUUUGAUGUAUGAAGUUACAAAGUUUUGAAUUUGUAGUAAAUUUUUAAUACAAUCACUAGUAGUAAGAAAAUAAUUGACAUUUUGUGCAUACUGACAAAUGUUAAAAAAGGAAAUGCUUUAUUAUAUUAGGUGGUUACCUCGAUUUGGUCAUUGAUUUUUAUUUAUCUGUUCAUUGAUGUUUGUUCAUUGUAUCAAGAUAGAGACCAGCACAUAAUUUUUAAUUACUUCUUGUUAAAAAGUUUUUUUAAAAGUUACAAAAAGACCAUUUGGAUUCCUUUGCUUCACAAAGAAAUCUCUUAAAAAGAAACAACUACUACUCAUAACCGUUUUUUCUUAAGAAAAUAGUAAGAUUAAUUGGAGUAUAGUACAACUUUACUCCUUGUGACACAGCUGUUAAUAUUGUUCUUUUUCUUAUGGAAUCUAGUUUCAUUUUGGUUAUCACUGGUUAAACUUUAGGAUGCUAUUUUCAAUAAAAAUAUGGACAAUAUACUCACACUAUAUCCUCUUAUUCUGAUAAAAGAAUGUAAAGUUUGUAAUAAACAACAUGGUGUGCACUCUUUUUAUAAUGACCAAGACUGAACUAUUACUUGUUAACUUUACAGUUACUGUUUCUCAUUAUGGAGGGCUUGACAAACCAACUUUUGUGUGUGUGAUAUAUAUGCCCAUUUGUUCUUGUGAAUGUGCCACAGUAGCUGUAUCUGCAUCAGUGGCUCUCCCUCUUCCUCCCUUUCUCCAGAAUAUGUUAUUUGACCAAGGUGGGCGCACUUGUUUUCUAGUUACAAUAUAAUAUUAAUGAGUCCACUUGCAGCUGUAUUUAAUAUAGUAUCUCAUUUGCUGUGUACAAUUCUGUUAUCAGUUGUUAAGUGUUUACUCCUGUUCAUAUAUUUAUUUAUAGAUUUUCUCCUUAAAUUAUUAUUGUAAAUGUUUAAAUUAUGAUUGUGAACUACAGUACUUUCCAUUCUUCAUUAUCAGCAGUCUUCUUUCUUCCGUCAUGUUUUUAUUUAUUUCACUCUCUUAGUGCUUAGUUAUUGAAUCAUAUUUUGUAUAUUGAGUUACUGCAGUAUUAAAUUGAUUGUAAAUACCUCAGAUUGUUGACAUGCUAUGUUUCUUUUGUAGUAUAUGUUUCUGCUUUGACAGUAUGAAACCUGUGUAUCAGUAUUAAAUACAAGUGAGCUCACACAUCUUUUAAUUUACAAAUCAUUGUAGCAACAUUUUUGUUUUAUUUUUA